AUGUAUCUACGUUAUUAUCUCGACGAGAAAGGAAAUAAGGUGUACACAUUGAAGAAGGUAGAUCCAAACGACCGUCCGACAUUAUCGGCACAUCCCGCGCGUUUUUCUCCUGAAGAUAAAUAUUCUCAGUAUCGAAUAACCAUAAAGAAGAGAUUUGGUUUAUUGCCGACUAUGCAGGGGAAACCCCUUUACUAUUUUCCUUGGCUUACCGCAGGGUCGCCUUUCAAAAGAUUUGUAAUUUUUUUCAGGAAAAUUAUCAUUGCUUUUAUUUGUUUUUUUAUCGGUUGGAAAUCCCUUGGCAUCAUGUUAACAGAGAAGAUUUUGUGGCAGUAUGAUGAAAAAUUAGGAAAGCCUCGUAUGCUUAGCGUCAAAGAAGCCAAGGACUUGAAGAGGAAAUCUGUCGAAGAAGCGAGGAGUAGUAAAGAAAUGAAAUUUUCGUUUCCUCUGGAUGAUUAG